AUGAGCUCAAAGAAAGCCACCGUCAAGGAUUAUAUAUCCAUGAAAGUAAAGCCAGUAUUUGAUUAAUUGAUUGCUCGUAUUGUUAUUGAAAAACCUGAUGAUGUUUAUGCCUGGUCAAUCAAUUGGUUAUAAAAAUAGUGUAUAUAUAUAUUCAUUGAUCAUAUAUAGAAAAAGGUUCAUAAUUAUUGUAAGUUGUAAAUCAUGAUCUCAGUGAAGAAGAAGAGGAAGAGGAGGAAUUGGUUUUGGAAAUUAAAUAACAUUAAAAGCAAUAGACAAGAUCAGCAGUAUCAGCUGAAGUUUAUGGAGAAUAUAACAAAAAAGAGGAUUUCAAACCAAGAUAUAUCUAAAAAUCUGAAGGAUAAAUUGAAAGAAUUAAAAAGAGGAUACUUAAUUCUUUUAUGUUUUAAGCAUUAGAUGAAAAGGAUCUUAAUAUAGUCUUAGGAGNUAAAACUCAACAGUAAAAAGAAUCAUAACUGCUAUAGUAUUUAUUACCAAAACAUAUUUUAAAUAAAUUUUUGGAUGAUAGAAUUAAUAAUAUAGGAAUUUGUGAUAAAUUAGAUAAGUUAACAAUUUUAUUUGCUGACAUUGCUGGUUUUACUGAAUAUUCAAGUAAAGUUAAACCAGAAGAAGUAUUAAUUAUGUUAAAAAAUUUGUUUGUGGAAUUUGAUCGAAAAUGUUGUGAAUUAAAUGUCUAUAAAUUAUAUACAAUAGGAGAUUGUUAUGUUGCAAUUGGCAUGAUUGAUUAUAAUAAUAGAAAUCCUUAUUAAGAAGCAAAGAAUAUAGUAGAUUUAGCUUUUGAGAUGAUUAAAAUUAUAACUUAAGUAAGAAAAUAAAUUAAUUUUGAUGGCUUAAAUAUGAGAAUAGGAAUUCACACUGGAUCUGUUUUUGGAGGAGUAAUGGGCACUGAUAUUGUGAGAUAUGAUAUCUAUGGUCCAGAUGUGCUUAUUGCAAAUAAAAUGGAAUCAAAUGGAGUUAAAGGUUUUGUGCAUGUUAGUUAAGAAACUAAAGCAUACUUAGAAUAAGAUUAUGAUGAUCUUUUUAAUUUUGAAUUGCAUACAACAAUAGAUCUUAAAACAAUUAAAAGAUAGAUUGAAGGAUUUCUAGUAUAUAAAUUAGAAUAAGAUCAUUUUCCAGAAGAAGAAGAUUAAUUUUUAAGUUCCUGA